GCCAGUGUUACGAGGGACGGUAAGGGGAUGAGAUGUUGCGACUCUUGUUGCUGUAUCUUACACUGGGAUGGGUGUGUGUUCUGGGCGUGACUGAAGAGGACCAAGACGUACAGGAGUCGUUGGCGCCUCAAGGCUGGGCUUCAUCAUGGAGCAGAUCUAAUUCUCCGCUGGAGCGUCCGCGUCGCCGUCAGGAUCAGACUCUGCCUUACGCUUCGUGGGAAUCCCCAUUACUAGUGAAGGAGUCAUUGACAUCAGAGGAGAAGUCCUGGCUACCUCAAAAAGAUCCUCUGGAAAUCAUCAAGGAGGGUUACACUUCCGGCUCCAGGAUGUUCGACUAUAACUUUGAGCAGUCUCCCGCUCUUGUGCUGAAGACGGUGGGGGAUUACAAUGUUGGGGCUGCAGCUCUCUCACACGCAGGUGCUCCCCACCGACCUUCCCUGGGUGACAACCUGUCCAGGAACUUCAACUCGAGCCCGCAGCCUGGGCGACCCCGCAAGUACUACCUAACGGGUGUGAUGCAAGAAUUACCCAGGGAUUCAGGCUACGCCAACAAACACCUCCGCAAGUACUUUCUCCAAGCUGACACGAAGGCGAUGACUGCAAAUAAGGACCAACCUCGCGUCGUCUUCAGUGAUGUUGAAGAUUCGAUUCAUCUUAUACAAGUACUGGGCACCAACGACCCACUACCUUCGUCACACGACACAGCUGAACCAGCCGCAACACCUGAACCUCCUGCAACAUUAGACACCACAAACAACCCCCAUGAUAUACACACUUCAGCAUUUUCUCCAUACUUCCCUCCUACUGUGUUUCGCCAUCCCACAUCCUACCCUGUUGCACCACCAAACACUCGUUCACCCUCCACAUACUACCUCCAGCAACCUACGUCACAACACCCUACUCCAUUACCCUUCAGAAAAUACUACCUCCUCCCCAGAUCCCACCAGCCGACAACAGCUGCUGACGGAAACGGCUUACAAGACUCACAAGAAGGAAGUAUAAGUAACUCCCGCGAGCUCAGUUCAUUUGAAGUUUACGAAAUGCUUCGUCAGCCAUUAAAGUGUCAUCCAGAAUCGUGUUGAGUCAUCUGCGUGCGGGUCGGGGAUGCUUGGGCCAGUGUUGAGCAGUCCCGAGCUGAGCUGAUGUCAAGAUCAACUCACAUUCAACUCCCAUCAUUGUUAUAUAUUAAUUUGUUAUAUAUUACUGGUAUAUGUAUCGUCUCAUUUUCUAGUCAUCUUUAUAUACUGCAAAUACAUCAAGAGAUUUAUAUCUGUGUAUAUAUACCUAGAGAUUUGUAUCUGUGUAGAUUUUAUUUUAAUUAUUAUCCUAGAGAGGUAUUAACACCGGAGAACCUACUUCCUCUCUGAAGGUGAAGAGUGGCAACAGUUGUAAGAAAACUUGCCCAAUGUUUCCACUCGUGCUGUACUAUAUACACUAAAAGGCACAUAUUUUUCUAAAUAUAUAUCUUGACACAACCCGCACGUAGGAGAACCAGUUGGAACGACCCGUGUGUCUUCAUAACUUUAAAACCAAAUAAUUAAGUUUAAAAUUUAUUUUUAUGGUUAAUUAAAACGUCCUACAACUGGUGUUUGCUAUGUCUGUAUUUUUGUGAGGUUUACAAAACCAGGUGUAAGUUGGGUCAACGUUAUUGUAACUUGUACGAUUAU